CAAAGGAACGAGACACCGAGAGGCCAUAUCUUAGACAUAAUACAAGUCUGACAUUAAGCAAGGACAACAGCAAAGCAUUCCCACCUAGACAUUAAUCUAAUGUCUACAUAUCACAAUCUUUUAUAAGAACUGUUGCUGCUACAACAAGUUCCCAGUUACUGUGAAGAUGUCAGUGUCAGUCUUGUUCAGCUAUCUGGAUAUCCAGACGUGCCUGAUCCUGGGGUCUGUGUUCCUGCUGGCCUGUUGGUACCUGAGGACCAGGACACCCCCCAACCUCCCACCCGGGCCCUGGGCACUGCCUGGGCUGGGCAACGUGCUGCAGAUGUUUGCAAAGGCUCCAUACCUGAUGUGGACAGAGCUAGGUCGUACGUACGGCCCUGUGAUCUACCUGAGACUGGGCAGCCAGCGGAUUGUAGUCCUGAACAGCUACGCUGCCGUCCACGAGGCUCUGGUCAGGAAAGGGGAGGACUUCUCCAGCAGACCUGCCUGGUACACGUUUCACCUCAUGGACUUUGUAGACUAUGGAAUAGUCAUGCUUCCCUACGGACCAUUCUGGAAGCAGCAGCGCAAGUUUACCAUCAUGGGUCUCCGAGACUUCGGCUUUGGGAAACGCAGUUUGGAGGGGAAAAUCCUGGAGGAAAUACAAGGGCUACGGGAGGAAAUACUCAAGAAGGGAGAGAAGCCGUUCAGCAUCAGGCUUCUGCUACAGAACGCAGUUGGUAAUGUCAUCUGCUCCAUAGUACUUGGCAAGCGCUUCGAGUAUAAUGACAAGAAGUUUGAAAAGAUCAUGAAGGCUUUUGAUCAAAAUGUUGGUUUUGAACAACAAGUCGCAUCCAUAGCAAACUUUUUCCCAUGGGCACGGCACAUUCCAGUGGUGAAAAGAGCUAUUGCCAAAGUACAGAGCAACUUGGAAACCUGCCUUUCUGUCAUGCGAGAAGACAUCGCUGCGCAUAAGGAAACGUUUGACCCCAACGACAUACGAGACUUCAUCGAUACAUUUCUGCUGGAGAUGAGGAACAAGGAGGGAGAAGAAGGAAGUGACUUCACAGACAGACAGCUGGAGUACCUGAUAGGAGACCUUUUCAUCGCUGGAACAGAGACCACAUCCAGCACCCUAACCUGGGCCCUCCUGUACAUGCUGCGACACCCUGACGUACAAGAGAAAGUGCACCAAGAGAUCGACCAAACCAUCGGGCAGAACGUCACCCCGUCUGUCAGCCAUCGCAGCCAGCUGCCCUACACAGAGGCCGUCCUCGCAGAAGUUAUGCGAAUUAACCCCCUUGUUGCGUCUGGCGUCAUGCACAACACGUCACACGACACCACCCUGUUUGGCUACGACAUACCGAAAGACACAACUGUGUUCCCCAACCUCUGGGCAGUUCUGCAUGAUCCCGAGGUCUACCCUGAGCCGGAUGUCUUCAAACCUGAGAGGUUUCUGGACGACAGCGGUCAGUUCAGAAAGGGGGACAACUUUAUUCCAUUCUCUAUGGGUCGGCGUGUGUGCCUGGGGGAACAGCUGGCCAGGAUGGAGCUGUUCCUGUUCUUCACCUCCCUCAUGCAGCACUUCACCUUCAAACUGCCAGGGGGCGCCCCUCUACCAUCCACCACGGGAAAAGUCGGGGUCACAAAUACGGCCGAAGAUUUCGAUCUUCAUGCCAUUCCAAGGGAGUAGAAAGUUGAACUGACUGACCUAGAUCAUGUUAUUAUUUAUCACAUUAUUGCCAACUUAGGGUUACUUUACUGUAUUUAUAUGUAUAAUUGCAUUUUGUUUUAAUUUACUAUAGUCUUUUUUACGGUUACGGUUACUUUAGCCUAUCUGUUUAUAUGUAAUUGCAUUUUGUUUUAUUUGACUAUACUUGAUUCGUGUUUAACUUAAAUUUACUUUUUUUCAAAUCGUAUAUUAACUAAAU